AUGCAGCAAUCACUGGUCGCUGCCGCAAGGCUGAGAUACGCUUCACUAUCCCAAGGCACAGUCUCCUCUUUGACAAGCAGGCGAUGCCUCAACCUGUCCGCUAGAAGACAACUACUCCAACCCAGCAAGCAUGUCCGACCCACGCAGUUCAGAUCCUUCUACUCGAGCACCGCUACCGACACUCAGUCACCCAGCGACGGCCAUGCCCAGUCCACUCUCUUUGCGCCUCUGGACACUUUUGCGCGCAGACACAUCGGUCCCUCAUCCGAUGACACUAUUGAGAUGCUCAAGGCUCUGGACCCUCCGGCAGAGUCUCUCGACGAGUUUGUGACCCAAGUUCUGCCCGCAGAUAUCCUAUCAUCUCGCGACCUCAAGAUCGAAGGGCCCGCAGUCAAGGAUAGCAAAGGUCAACCCGGUAAAGAGACGAGCUCAGAAGGCUUCUCUGAAAGCCAACUGAUCGACAGACUGAGAGAGAUUGCCAGUGGAAACAAGAUCGUCAGAAGUUACAUUGGAUGCGGCUACGCGGGCACCCGUGUACCUGAAGUCAUUAAGAGAAAUGUCCUCGAGAACCCUGGCUGGUACACAAGUUACACUCCAUACCAACCUGAGAUUAGUCAGGGAAGAUUGGAGUCCCUGCUCAACUUCCAGACCAUGGUCUCUGACCUGACCGGCCUGGCCAUCUCAAACGCAUCUGUCCUCGAUGAGCCCACCGCUGCUGCAGAGGCCAUGACCCUUUCUAUCAACGCUCUCCCCUCAGCUCGUCAAAAGCGCCCCAACAAGGUCUACCUUGUUUCGCACUUGUGCCACCCUCAAACCAUUGCCGUACUGGCUUCCCGCGCCGAAGGCUUCGGGAUCAAGAUUGAGGUCGAUGACAUCCUCAAGGACGGAAGCAAGAGAGUGGAAGAGAUUGGCGAAGACUUGGUUGGUGUUCUCGGCCAAUACCCCGACACCCUUGGUGGUGUUCAGGACUUCAAGAACCUUUCCGAGAAGGUUCACAAGCUGAAGGCAACCUUCAGUGUGGCCACCGACCUUCUGGCUCUCACUGUUCUCACUCCCCCUGGCGAGUUUGGCGCAGACGUAGCCUUCGGAAACGCUCAGAGAUUCGGUGUUCCAUUCGGCUUCGGUGGCCCCCACGCAGCGUUCUUUGCCUGCAGCGAACAGCACAAGCGUAAGAUUCCCGGUCGUCUCAUUGGUCUUUCCAAGGAUAGACUGGGUAACAAUGCAGCUCGUCUGGCUCUUCAAACCCGCGAGCAGCACAUUCGUCGUGAAAAGGCCACCAGCAACAUCUGCACGGCUCAGGCUUUGUUGGCUAACAUGAGCGCCAUGUACGCUGUCUACCACGGACCCGAAGGCUUGAAGAGUAUUGCCCACAGAGUCAUCAACUCAACUCGUGUUGUUGCCGAGGCUGCCUCCAAGAGCGGAUACACCAUUGAGACCACUGGACCCUUGUUCGACACUGUCGUUAUCUCUGGAGGUGCUAUUGCUGGAAAGGCCGGUGACUUCGCUAAAGUGGCCGAGCAAGAAUACAAGACCAACCUGAGAGUCGUUGACGAGAACCGUAUCGGUAUCACUCUGGACGAGACUGUCGAGAAGGAGGACAUUCAAGCUAUUAUAGACCUGCUGGCUGGUGCCGCAAAGUCAUCCCCCAAGCUCACCGUCGAUUCACUGGCAAAGGACAUUGGUCUCUCAGCUGAGGAUGCUGCAUCUCACGUCCCUGCCGAGCUUCGCAGGAAGACACCUUUCUUGACACACCCUGUCUUCAACACUCACCACUCUGAGACCAAUAUCCUCCGUUACAUCCACCACUUGCAGUCAAAGGAUCUUUCCCUGGUGCACUCCAUGAUUCCUCUCGGAUCAUGCACAAUGAAGCUCAAUGCUACCACGGAGAUGGUACCCAUCACCUGGCCCGAAUUUUCGAACAUCCACCCCUUUGCUCCUCCUGAGCAGGCCAAGGGAUACGAAACUCUGAUCAACGAGCUUGAAGCCGACCUUGCAGAAAUCACUGGCUUCCACUCUGUCUCUUUGCAGCCCAACUCUGGUGCUCAGGGCGAGUUCACCGGUCUCCGCGUUAUCCGCAAAUACCUCGAGCAACAGCCCGGCAAGAAGCGUGAUAUCUGCCUGAUUCCGGUCUCUGCCCACGGUACCAACCCUGCAAGUGCAGCUAUGGCAGGUAUGCGUGUUGUGACAAUCAAGUGCGAGAGCGGUACCGGAAACCUGGACAUGGCAGACCUGAAGGCCAAGUGUGAGAAGCACAGCGAGGAGCUUGGUGCCAUCAUGAUCACAUACCCUAGCACUUUCGGUGUGUUUGAACCUAAGGUUAAGGAGGCCUGCGAUCUUGUUCACAAGAAUGGUGGUCAGGUCUAUAUGGACGGUGCCAACAUGAACGCUCAAAUUGGUCUUUGCUCUCCUGGUGAGAUUGGUGCUGAUGUUUGCCACCUGAACCUUCACAAGACUUUCUGCAUUCCCCAUGGUGGCGGUGGUCCUGGUGUCGGUCCCAUUGGUGUUGCAGAGCACCUCGCUCCUUUCUUGCCUGGUCAUCCUCUGGUCAAGACUGGUGGUGAACAGGCCAUCGCGCCUAUCAGUGGUGCACCUUGGGGUAGCGCCAGCAUCUUGCCCAUCAGUUGGGCAUAUGUCAAGAUGAUGGGCGCUCGCGGUCUGACCCAUGCCACCAAGAUCACAUUGUUGAACGCUAACUACAUCCUGUCUCGUCUGCGCCCUCACUACCCCAUCCUCUACACCAACGACAACGGCCGUUGCGCCCACGAGUUCAUCCUCGAUAUUCGCAAGUUCAAAGAGACUGCUGGUAUCGAAGCCAUUGAUGUUGCCAAGCGUCUGCAAGAUUAUGGCUUCCACGCACCCACGAUGAGCUGGCCCGUUGCCAACACUUUGAUGAUCGAGCCCACCGAGUCAGAGAGCAAGGAAGAGCUCGACCGCUUCUGCGAUGCUCUGAUCUCCAUACGCAAGGAGAUUACUCUGGUUGAGGAAGGCAAGCAGCCCAAGGACGGCAAUGUGCUCAAGAUGGCACCUCACAGUGUCAAGGACAUUGUCACCUCGGACUGGGAGUCGAGACCCUACACUCGCGAGACAGCAGCAUAUCCCCUGGCUUAUCUCAAGGAGAAGAAGUUCUGGCCUACUGUUACCAGACUUGACGAUGCAUAUGGUGACAUGAACCUCUUCUGCACCUGCGCACCCGCUGAAACCUUCGAGGACAUGACCGGUGCCGCUGCACCCAUGCCCACCUAA